AUGGCAUCUUUGGGUCUGGUAUUCCCUGACUGUGAGGAUCCUAAGUCGUUUGUGAAGCAGAAUGCAAGCUCGAAGUUGAUGCAAUUUGACAAGGGCACCACCACUCUGGCCUUUCGGUACCAGGGGGGUGUGAUGGUGGCGUGCGAUUCGCGUGCGAGUCAGGGCUCCUUUGUUGCCUCGCAGACCGUGCAGAAGGUGAUUGAGAUAAAUGAUUACUUGUUGGGUACUAUGGCCGGUGGUGCUGCAGAUUGUUCCUUUUGGGAACGUUAUCUGAGCGUUCUAUGCCGAAUGCACGAACUCAGACAGAGUAAACGUAUCACCGUCGCGCAUGCUAGCAACCUACUCGCCAAUAUUUUCUGGGAGUAUCGCGGUCGCGGUUUGCAAUGCGGUACUAUGGUUACCGGGUACGAUGACAGCACUGAUUCUACCUCCCUCUACUACGUCAGUGAUGACGGAUCCCGCAUACAAGGCGACCUUUUCAGCGUUGGCUCCGGCUCCACCUACGCUUACGGAGUACUCGACACCUACUACCGUUGGGACCUCUCCGACCAAGACGCUCUGGAACUCGCUAAACGAGCCAUAUAUCACGCCGCACAUAGAGACGGUGGCUCCGGCGGUGUUGUCCGGGUCUAUCACGUGCACAAAAAUGGCUGGAGCAAACUCAUACAGGCCGAAGACUUCUUCGACCUCCACAAACACUACAGCAACGAAAUUCUAAAGAUCGAUCCCACCAAACCCCACAACCACAUGAUACAGGCUCCCGAAGUCGCGCAAACGUUAUGA